GGCUCCGUGAGCUGCUGCGGGCGUAGCCUCCAGCCCCGCGUCCGCCCCUCCAGCGCCGUGACCCUUGCAGGGCGGCUGCGGCGGCCUUUCUCUCCUGCCUUUCCCGCUCCGGAAUGGAGCGAGCCAUUCCCUUCCUACCCCAGGAGCAGCGCAGUCUUGUGCAGCCUGCAUGCAGCACCCCCCCCCCCUCCCGGGUGUCUGAUCCCGGGGGGAGCACGUCAGCUUUUCCGUGUCUCUUUCCUCAUAAAACUUUGGCAGCAAAGUGAGCUUGGGAGCAGCGGUGGCAAGCCUGAGUCCUGCUCUCUCACGGGCAAGGUGGUCUCUAGACCUUCAGUGUCACUUUUUUUCCCAAAACAACAUCAGUAAGGAAACUUUUUUUUUUUGUACAGUCUUCACCGUCGAAGUUUUAACCUGCAGCUUAUUGCCAGAGAGUCCGAGUCCCCUUCGCAUGAUGUCAGUAGGAAAGUGGCCAUUGUGUUCAGACGUGUUGUGCUUUGUGAGAUGAGAAAGGGGAUCGGGUGUUCCUGGUAUUGUACUUGGUGGAAUUUUUUUCUAGUUUUCAUUUAGAAGAAAAAGUGGAUUUGAUUCAUGCAGUGAGACGACAACCUGAACUCAGCGCGAGCAGCAAAAGCCAAGUGUUUUGUGUUUCCAUCACCUGUUAUAUGUUUGGUUUUUUGUCGCGUGCCUGCAGGUUGGAAGGCUGAGAGGUGUCUGCACAAGUGCGAAUAACAGUACAUCAGUGUCAACCUUUGCCACACAGAAGCAAGACCGUGUUUCCCAAAACAUCCCAGCGAGCUCCGUGUUCUAGACUUUCAGAUUGGUUGGGCAGCUUCUGAGCUGAUAUAUUACCAGCAUCAUGAACUGGAACAAAGGUGGACCUGGCACUAAGAGAGGCUUUGGUUUUGGUGGGUUUGCCAUAGCCCCUGGAAAAAAAGAGGAACCUAAGCUCUCUCAACAGUCCCAUAGCGCUUUUGGAACAGCUGGCUCUUCUGCUGGGUUUGGGAAGUCAGGGCCACCUCAGCUCCCUUCCUUCUACAAAAUUGGUUCCAAGAGAGCUAACUUUGAUGAGGAGAAUGCGUACUUUGAGGAUGAAGAAGAAGAUUCCAGCAAUGUUGAUUUGCCAUACAUUCCUGCAGAGAAUUCCCCCACUCGCCAGCAGUUUCAUUCCAAAUCAGGAGAUUCUGACAGUGAAGAUGAUCCUCUGGAAGCAUUCAUGGCUGAAGUGGAGGAUCAAGCUGCUCGGGACAUGAAGAGACUUGAAGACAAAGACAAGGAAAGAAAGAAUACAAAGGGUAUUCGAGAUGACAUUGAAGAGGAAGAUGACCAAGAAGCUUAUUUCCGCUACAUGGCAGAAAACCCUAAUGCUGGUGUGGUACAAGAAGAGGAGGAAGAUAACCUGGAGUAUGACAGUGAUGGCCAUCCAAUUGCCCCAUCCAAAAAAAUCAUCGAUCCACUUCCACCAAAUCCAAUUGCACCAUCCAAAAAAAUCAUCGAUCCACUUCCACCUAUUGAUCAUUCAGAGAUUGAAUACCCUCCAUUUGAGAAGAACUUCUAUGAUGAGCACGAAGAGAUCACCACCCUCACACCCCAGCAGGUGGUGGAGCUGCGACAUAAAUUGAACCUGCGGGUCUCUGGUGCUGCUCCUCCAAGACCGGGCAGUAGUUUUGCCCAUUUUGGAUUUGAUGAACAACUUAUGCAUCAGAUUAGGAAAUCUGAGUAUACCCAGCCCACUCCUAUACAGUGUCAGGGUGUUCCAGUUGCACUGAGUGGCAGAGACAUGAUCGGUAUAGCUAAGACUGGCAGUGGCAAAACAGCAGCCUUUAUUUGGCCAAUGUUGAUCCACAUCAUGGAUCAAAAAGAACUGGAACUGGGAGAUGGUCCCAUUGCAGUGAUUGUGUGCCCAACCAGAGAGCUUUGCCAGCAGAUCCAUUCAGAAUGCAAGCGCUUUGGUAAAGCAUAUAACUUACGCUCCGUAGCAGUGUACGGUGGUGGAAGUAUGUGGGAACAAGCGAAGGCUCUGCAGGAAGGAGCGGAGAUAGUGGUCUGCACACCAGGUCGCUUGAUUGAUCAUGUGAAGAAGAAAGCUACCAAUCUUCAGAGGGUCUCGUAUCUUGUAUUUGAUGAAGCAGAUCGAAUGUUUGAUAUGGGUUUCGAAUACCAGGUCAGAUCGAUCGCCAGCCAUGUGCGUCCUGACAGACAAACUCUCUUGUUCAGUGCUACUUUCCGAAAGAAAAUUGAGAAAUUGGCAAGAGAUAUCCUGAUCGACCCAAUUCGAGUGGUUCAGGGAGACAUUGGAGAGGCAAAUGAAGAUGUUACUCAGAUUGUAGAGAUUUUCCUCUCUGGCCCUACCAAGUGGAACUGGCUGACUCGACGCCUGGUGGAGUUCACUUCUUCUGGGAGUGUUCUCCUGUUUGUCACCAAGAAAGCAAAUGCAGAAGAGCUAGCCAAUAAUCUCAAGCAGGAGGGUCAUAAUCUAGGCCUCCUUCAUGGCGAUAUGGACCAGAGUGAAAGGAAUAAAGUCAUUUCAGAAUUUAAGAAAAAGGGAAUCCCAAUACUGGUUGCUACUGAUGUGGCAGCUCGUGGUUUGGAUAUUCCUUCUAUUAAGACUGUGGUCAAUUAUGAUGUGGCCCGGGAUAUAGACACCCACACCCACAGAAUUGGACGUACCGGCAGAGCAGGCGAGAAAGGAGUAGCAUACACUUUGCUGACUCCCAAAGACAGUAAUUUUGCUGGUGAUCUUGUCAGAAAUCUGGAAGGUGCCAAUCAGCAUGUUUCCAAAGAGCUGUUGGACCUUGCAAUGCAGAACCCGUGGUUCCGGAAAUCCCGUUUCAAGGGAGGAAAAGGCAAGAAGCUGAACAUUGGAGGUGGUGGCUUGGGAUACCGUGAACGCCCCGGCCUGGGCUCAGAAAAUUCUGACCGUGGGAACAACAGCAAUGUGAUGAGUAAUUAUGAGGCAUACAAGCCAUCCACUGGGGCAAUGGGAGACAGACUGUCUGCAAUGAAAGCAGCAUUUCAGUCCCAAUAUAAGAGUCAUUUCAUUGCAGCCAGCCUGAACAACCAAAAAAGUGGUAGCUCCACCGCUGGUGCCAGUGGCUGGACCAGUGCUGGGAGUUUGAAUUCGGUACCAACGAGUUCAGCACAGCAGAGUGCUGCAAAUCCUGAGAGCCAGCUUGCUACAGCUGCAGCAAAGGGGAUCCCUGGGUUCACCAGUGCUGGGAAUCUGAGCAGCGUCCCCAGCUUCCCACCCAUUGGGAUUCAGGGAUAUAAUAACAUGAACACCAGCAGCAACAACCGAGAAGGUGGCCCUGGUAUCGGUGGCCCUGGCAUCGGCAGCCCUGGUAUCGGUGGCCCUGGCAUCGGCAGCCCUGGUAUCGGUGGCCCUGGCUUCGGUAGCAGCAGAGAGAGAUACAAUGACAAUCGCAGCGGGCGCCACAGUGACAGUCCGCGCCACGGUGAUGGAGGUGGGCGCCACAGUGACGGUCAGCGUCAUGGAGAUGGAGGUGGCCGCCACAGUGAUAGUUACCGCCAUGGAGACGGCCGACAUUUCUACAAGGAGAAAGCGGCAGAGGACAGCCAUCGCCACAGUGAAAGCCGGCAUUCUGCUGGCAAGCGGCAGGGGGCCGACCCCAGGAAUAGUGGUGACCCCCGGAAUAGCAAUGAAGGAAGGAUCAAUGAGAGCAGGAACAUCGAGAGCAAGAACAGCGAGAACAGGAAAGAAGGUGGCAACCGAGACAACAAGUCGGAUGGUUUUGCUGUCCCAGAGCCCCCAAAGCGCAAGAAGAGUCGAUGGGACAGUUAAAAGUGGGUGAAUUGCAACUUAAAAUCCCUGCAGGGGGCGGUGUCUCUAUGGAGGAUUUCCUGGUAUUUGGUAACUGGUUACUGAGCAGCUGGGGGACGAGAAGGAAACCAUACAAGUUCCUGUGUGAGGCGGGGCCAGUAUGCCUGUAGACAGCUUCACUCUAAUGACGUGUACACACAAUGCUAUUGUCAGAGAGAGAUCAUUUUUAUAAAGCUUUCCUGGGUUUUGCUUUUAAAAAUUCAUUGCUCAUGUGACUUUCUGCUGGAUUUAAAACCAGAUCCUGUUAACAAAAAAGCAGUCAUUUGUUUUGCACACUGCAAACAUUUAAGAAACUGUUGUCCAGACAGGUUUAAAGGGUUUUUUGUUUUGUUUUGGCUUGUUUUUUUUAAAUCGGUGUACACAUUUAUAAGCCCAGCCCAUCUGAAGAUGCUCAGGACUCACCUGUUAGACAUUAACUUUUCAGCAAUUUGUGCGAUACUGUGAGUUUUCUCUAAUCUGUUCCUUCAUUUUCCCUGCCCCUCCACCACUUCCCUUCCUCCCAGUCCCUCUACCGCCCAAAUAAUUUGGUCUCAGGCUCACCUCCUGAUUAAGAAUGUAUACAUGUGUGUUGAUAAUGAUCAGAGAGAGGGUUGAUCUUUAUCGGGCGGUGUUAAGAGUUUUGUCUAGCCCAGUUUACUAUAAUUCCACAUUUCGUCUAGGACAGAUUCCCCAUCCUGUUAAUAGCAAAUACAAUGAUCCCACUGCUUUUACUUUUGAUGAGACCCCUCUUACCUAAAAUCUUCACCUUGGAAGCCUGCAUAGCAUGUGUCUCUGCUGUGCCUAUUCUGCCCUCUGUUGUGAGAGGGUUUGUUAAUUUCCCAGACAAAAGGGAAAACUUCUCCUAUAUGUCACGCUAAACAUGGGCCAGUGUCCCCCUCCCUUGCCCUGGGAGAUGAGAUUAACUGGGGAAGAUUUUGUGUGUCAGUUAAGGGGUCUGCUGCUGAAAAGCUUUUAGGGGACCCCAGAACAGUGACUGGCAAAAUAACCUGACUCAGAUAUUCGCCCUGUCUCAGAGACCUAGUCAAAAUGUAAAAUCUCGUUUGACUGGUUUUAACUCUUGAUUUGUCAUGUGUAUUACCUGGGGUUUUUUUAACUUUUCUUUUGCCCUCACAGUAAGAAAAAAAAUAUUUAGCUGAAGCAGUUCAAUGCCCACCUCUGUCUUAUUUCUACAAGAAGUGUCAGAAACUGUCAGGUUUUUGUGAUCUUGUGAUGUUUUCUUUAUCAGCUGUGCGUUUACUUUCUGCUUGCUCUAGUAAAUGUUUUAUUAUUGGGAUACAA